CAAGCGCUGCAUGAAUUCUACACCAUGAUAGUGUUCCGAAAGUUCAGAUUGUCUGCCUAUAUUCGACGACAGCAAUCUGACGAGCCACUGGUGAAAUCGCUCAGGAACCAAUUUGGCAAUGACUGUGUCUUGGUGACGGGCACGGUAUCCGCAGGUACAAAUAAGCACUGUUUGGCGAAAAGAAUUGCCGUGGAACGAAAGGACGGGAUGUACGGGAUGUUCAAACCAUAUGUUUAGCAGCGGUAACAGCAGCUGAUCGUUAACAAAUGCUACUAUUUCGAAAAAGCAGCUUCAGCAUGACUUUAUACCAUGGUAUUCUUAUGGGAGAUCCGCCUUCUGGGAUCUGAACAUAGUUUAGGAUAAAUUAAAAAAUAUCCCAAUACAAGAAAAAAAAAUAGUUUAGAAUAAAUUCGUUUAUUUACACUAAUAAAAGAUCUUUAUUGAU